GUUCAAAUUAUCCUAUUUGGGUUCUCUGGAACAGCCUCUAAUUCUUGAAAAAGUGGAAAGAAAGAGAAGAAGAGGAUGAUCAGGAACGAAGUUAAGGGACUGAGUUACAGUGGUGUUGAGUGCACUUUGGAAGACCUGGACAGGGCUGGAAAUAUAAACCAAGACCUGGAUCCAGAAAGUCCCACCUGUGUAGUUGGGGAAGUAUGGUUCGAAGGAAAAAGAUGCUGCUUCUCCUUGUGGUGAGUUUGCUGGCGAUAGCACAACUUGGUCAUGGAGCAGUCCAUCUGAACAUCACAGAAGGUUGCAAACUCAUCUUCCCUCCUUGGGACGGUGGUAUACGCUACAGAGGCCUGACCCGUGAACAGGUGAAGACUGCCCACUUCCUUCCUUUCGACUAUGAGAUUGAAUAUGUCUGCCGUCCGGAGAGGGAAAUUGUGGGGCCCAAAGUACGAAAAUGCCUCCCUAAUGGAACCUGGACGGACAGUGAUGUCGAAAGCCGCUGCUUACGCACUUGUCCCAAGAUGCACUUGAACCUGGAGAAUGGGCAAGUCAGUGUCCGAGCAAUUGAACGGGUGCCUGUUGAAGGCACGUGGGUGGAAUAUCGCUGCAAUCCUGGCUUUUACCUACUGGGCAGUCCCCGCAGCAAUUGCACCAAGGUGGGCCGCUGGAGCUCCGCCAAACCUGUUUGCGAGUUGUGGCGUCCUCCUGUUUCCCGGUCUGGAUCAGGCAAGAAGAGGCUGCACAUCGGGGCGCUUUUCCCCAUGACCGGCGGCUGGCCGGGGGGCCAAGCCUGCCUGCCUUCCGCCCAGAUGGCCCUCGACGACGUCAACAACCGGAGGGACAUCCUGCCCGACUACGAGCUGCGUCUCGACUACCGCGACAGCGAGUGUGAACCUGGUGUGGCAACAAAAUUUAUGUAUGAGCUCCUCUACAAUGACCCCAUCAAGAUCAUCCUUAUGCCUGGCUGCAGCAGUGUUUCCACCUUGGUGGCAGAGGCUGCACGCAUGUGGAAUCUCAUUGUGUUGUCCUAUGGCUCCAGCUCACCAGCCCUUUCCAACCGCCAGCGUUUCCCCACCUUUUUCCGCACGCACCCAUCCGCCACACUGCACAAUCCCACCCGUGUGCAGCUCUUCAAGAAAUGGAGCUGGACGAAGAUUGCCACAAUCCAGCAGACGACAGAGGUGUUUACAUCGACUUUGGAUGAUCUGGAGGAGCGAGUCAAAGAGGCUGGGAUUGAAAUCACUUUCCGCCAGAGCUUCUUCUCCGAUCCUACGGUGCCUGUCAAGAAUCUCAAGCGCCAGGACGCUCGCAUUAUUGUUGGGCUGUUUUACGAGACUGAGGCACGAAAGGUUUUCUGUGAGGUGUACAAGGAGCGUUUGUUUGGAAAGAAAUAUGUCUGGUUCCUGAUUGGCUGGUAUGCUGACAACUGGUUCCGCAUCAAGGACGCAAACAUUAAUUGCACAGAGGAAGAGAUGAAGGAGGCGGUGGAGGGACACAUCACCACGGAGAUCGUCAUGCUGAAUCCAGAAAACACCCGCAGCAUCUCUAAUAUGACAUCAGAGGAAUUCAUUGAGAAACUGACAAAGCGCGUGGAGAAAUCUCCAGAGGAGACGGGGGGUUUCCAGGAAGCCCCAUUGGCUUAUGAUGCCAUCUGGGCCCUGGCCCUUGCAUUAAACAAGACCUCAGCUGAACUGGUAAAGAAAGGGUUACGUCUUGAAGACUUCAAUUACAACAACCAGACUAUUACAGACGAGAUCUACCGAGCCCUCAACUCUUCAGCCUUUGAGGGGGUCUCGGGACAUGUGGUCUUUGAUGCCAGUGGCUCUCGGAUGGCCUGGACCCUCAUUGAGCAGCUUCAGGAUGGUGUCUAUAAGAAGAUUGGCUAUUAUGACAGCACCAAGGAUAACCUCUCCUGGUAUAACAAUGACAAGUGGAUUGGUGGUGUCCCGCCAGCAGAUUAUACUAAGGUCAUCAUCACCUUCCGGUAUCUUUCCCAGAAGCUCUUCAUUUCUGUUUCGGUGCUCUCAAGUGUGGGUAUCCUAUUGGCCAUCAUUUGCUUGGCCUUCAACAUCUACAAUGGGCAUGUCAGAUACAUCCAGAACUCUCAGCCAUAUCUCAACAAUAUGACAGCUGUUGGCUGUGCACUGGCCCAGGCAGCUGUCUUCCCACUUGGGUUGGAUGGCCUUCACAUCAGCAAAGACCUCUUCCCUUUUGUUUGCCAGGCUCGGCUUUGGCUCCUGGGUUUGGGUUUUAGCCUUGGCUAUGGCAGCAUGUUCACCAAAAUCUGGUGGGUGCACACCGUCUUCACCAAGAAAGAAGAGAAGAAAGAACGACGGAAGACUUUGGAACCCUGGAAACUCUAUGCCACUGUUGGAUUGCUUGUCGGGCUCGAUUUUGUCAUCUUGGCUAUCUGGCAAAUAGUUAACCCACUGAAACGCACAACAGAGGAAUUUACCAAAGAGGAGCCUAAAAGUGACAUUGACGUGCUGAUCCUACCCAAGCUGGAGCACUGCAGUUCUGAAAAGAUGAACACUUGGCUGGGUAUCUUCUACGGCUUCAAGGGUCUGCUCCUGCUUUUAGGCAUCUUCCUGGCCUAUGAGACAAAAGGAGUCUCCACAGAGAAGAUCAAUGACCACCGAGCUGUGGGCAUGGCAAUCUAUAAUGUGGCUGUGCUGUGUCUUAUCACGGCCCCCGUAACCAUGAUCCUCAGCAGUCAACAGGAUGCUGCCUUCGCCUUCGCCUCCCUUGCCAUUGUCUUCUCCUCUUACAUCACACUGGUUGUGCUGUUUGUGCCCAAGAUGCGGCGCCUCAUCACCCGGGGAGAAUGGCAGUCCGAGCAGCAGGACACCAUGAAAACUGGCUCCUCCACCAACAACAAUGAGGAGGAGAAAUCGCGGAUGCUGGAGAAGGAGAACCGCGAACUGGAGAAGAUCAUUGCCGAGAAAGAAGAGCGUGUCUCGGAGCUCCAGCAGCAGCUGAAAGAGCGGCAGCAACUGCGUUCCCGGCGACGCUCCUCCAACUGUGCAGCUGACAACCAUUUCAACAACUCAGCUUCAGCUUCAGCAGCCACCGGCCCCAACCUUUACCAGCCCAGCCUGCCUCUCGUCCGUUGCUUGGUGGCUGAGCAGGCUGACAAGCUGGGACGCAACAACUGUGAUGGGAGCCGUGUCCACCUGCUCUACAAGUGAAGGACCUUACAGACAUCUGGAGAAAGGGAGAGUAGGGCUUUGCUUGGGUAGCGGGGGUGGGGUGGGGAGGCGAAUGGG